AUGGAAGCGACGCCGCUGCUUGAUAGGAGCUCCGACAACAAGUUAGAGGUCAUCGGAGAGAACGGGGACUACCUGCCGAUAAAGGGGCUUAGUGCAUGUUGGAGUGUUUUCUGCAUAGAGACAGUGAAGCUAUGGAGAAUAGGCGGCCCGAUAGUGUUUCAAGUUCUUUGCCAGUAUGGAACCUACUCUGUUACCAACAUGUUUGUUGGCCAUCUUGGAGAUAUUGAACUCUCUGCCUUUUCCAUCACUAUCUCCGUUAUCUGCACCUUCUCUUUUGGCCUCCUGUUCGGUAUGGGGAGUGCCCUUGAGACGCUAUGCGGUCAGGCAUUUGGUGCUGGACAAAUUCACAUGCUUGGUAUUUACAUGCAACGCUCGAUAGUAAUCCUAACCAUCACUUGUGUCCUCCUGUUGCCACUAUACUUGUUUGCGACCCCAAUUCUGAAGCUACUUGGACAGGAGGAUGACAUAGCAAAUCUUGCAGGGGUAUAUACGCUUCAGGUUAUCCCUCAAUUGUUUUCCCUUGCCAUCAGUUUCCCGGCUCAGAAGUUUCUUCAAGCCCAGAGUAAAGUUGCCGUGCUUGCCUGGAUAUCAUUUUUGGUAUUGGUUUCACAAGUUUUUCUAUGUUGGCUUUUUAUUCAAGCAUUUGGCUGGGGAGGAACUGGUGCGGCUGCAGCAUUGGACCUUGCGAGUUGGAUUAUGGCCUUAGCACAAUUUGGUUAUGUGGUUGGUUGGUGCAAGGAUGGUUGGAAGGGAUUCUCAUGGUUUGCAUUUAAGGAUUUAUGGGCCUUUGUGAGACUCUCCCUUGAAUCCGCCAUCAUGCUAUGCCUCGAGGUCUGGUAUAUGAUGAGCAUCGUUGUACUCGCUGGACACCUUGGCAAUGCCGUAACUGCAGUUGGUUCCCUUUCUAUUUGCACGAGCAUUAAUGGGUGGGAAUCCAUGGCAUUCAUGGGAGUUAAUGCCGCUAUAAGUGUUCGCGUCUCAAAUGAGCUUGGCUUAAGACGUCCAAGAGCAACCAAAUAUUCUGUCUAUGUCACAGUCUCUCAGUCACUCCUGAUUGGGAUUAUUUGCAUGAUUAUCGUCCUCGCAACAAGAAAUUAUUUAGGUCUUAUUUAUACAAAUAGCGAGAAUUUGAUACGUGCAGUUGCUCACCUUUCGGGCCUUCUUGGAAUUACAAUGCUUCUCAAUAGUGUCCAACCCGUGAUAUCAGGUGUUGCCAUUGGAGGUGGGUGGCAAGCUCUAGUAGCUUACAUCAACUUGGGUUGUUAUUACAUUUUUGGUCUUCCCCUCGGAUAUGUUCUUGGCUAUGUCUGUAAUUUUGGAGUGAUGGGACUCUGGGGUGGCAUGAUAGCCGGAGUAGGAUUGCAGACGCUGCUGCUAUUACUGGUACUUUACAAAACCAACUGGAACACAGAGGUUGAGCAAACAUCAGAGCGCAUGCGAAAGUGGGGAGGGCAAGACGUAAUUGACAAAUCACAUAAUGACCAACUUCCUUCGAAAAAUGGACUACCUUAA